CUAGACUGCUGCCGUCUGUGAUCUUCCUUUGCUCUAAAUUUAUUUAUUACAAGUUGAAGCAUAGAGUAUGUGGACCACCCGGACGACAAAGAGACGAUAGGAUGGCAGACUUCUCUUCUCCCUCAUUAUAAACGAUCUGUUCUUCAUUCUCCUCCUCAAUUCACCAAACAAGAUUUCCGAGAAAUUUCAGAUUAAGCUCUCAAAAUUCGACAUCUUCGUUCAUCGUAAGUUCUGUGUGCUCGAAGAAUGAACCCAGACAAGUUUACCAACAAGACCAAUGAGGCCCUCGCCGAGGCACACGGGCUGGCCAUGAACGCCGGUCACGCCCAAUUUACGCCGCUGCACGUCGCCGCCGCCUUGCUUUCACAGCACGACGGGAUUUUGUUUCAAGCCAUUGUCAAUGCCAGUGGCAGCGAAGAGACGGCCAGAUCUGUUGAGAGGGUUUUCAAUGCAGCGAUGAAGAAACUCCCCUCGCAGACCCCGUCUCCGGACGAAAUUCCUGCAAGCACUUCGCUGAUUAAGGCGAUUAGGAGGGCGCAGGCGCUUCAGAAGGCGCACCAGGACUCGCAUCUGGCUGUGGAUAAGCUGAUUUUAGGGUUGUUGGAGGAUUCGCAGAUCGGAGACCUUUUGAAGGAAGGUGGAAUUAGUUCGGCUAGGGUUAAGUCAGAGGUUGAGAAGCUUAGGGGAAAGGAAGGGAGGAAGGUGGAAAGUGCUUCCGGAGAUACCACAUUCCAAGCACUCAAAACAUAUGGCCGCGAUUUGGUGGAGCAAGCUGGGAAACUGGAUCCCGUGAUUGGUAGGGAUGAAGAAAUCCGAAGGGUUGUUCGGAUCCUUUCAAGGAGGACGAAGAACAAUCCGGUUCUAAUUGGAGAGCCUGGUGUUGGAAAAACUGCUGUUGUUGAGGGAUUAGCACAAAGAGUUGUUAAAGGAGAUGUUCCAAGCAAUCUUUCUGAUGUUAGGCUUAUUGCUCUGGACAUGGGGGCACUGGUUGCAGGAGCCAAGUACAGGGGUGAAUUUGAGGAAAGAUUGAAAGCCGUGUUGAAGGAAGUAGAAGAAGCAGAAGGGAAAGUGAUUCUCUUCAUAGAUGAGAUUCAUCUGGUCUUGGGUGCUGGCCGUGCAGAGGGAUCAAUGGAUGCUGCCAAUCUCUUUAAGCCAAUGCUUGCAAGAGGCCAAUUAAGGUGCAUUGGCGCAACAACUCUUGAGGAGUACAGAAAGUAUGUGGAGAAAGAUGCUGCGUUUGAGAGGCGGUUCCAGCAGGUUUAUGUUUCUGAGCCCAGCGUUCCUGACACCAUCAGCAUCCUGAGAGGGUUGAAGGAGAAGUACGAAGGGCAUCACGGUGUCAAAAUCCAGGACAGGGCACUUGUGGUUGCAGCCCAGCUCUCUGCUAGGUACAUCACAGGACGGCAUCUGCCCGAUAAGGCAAUUGACUUAGUUGAUGAGGCUUGUGCCAAUGUGAGAGUUCAGCUUGACAGUCAACCUGAAGAAAUCGACAAUCUUGAGAGGAAGAGGAUUCAGUUGGAAGUGGAACUUCAUGCCCUUGAAAAGGAAAAAGAUAAAGCCAGCAAAGCUCGGCUUGUUGAGGUGAGGGAGGAGCUUGAUGACCUGAGGGACAAGCUCCAGCCUCUCAUGAUGAAAUACAUUAAGGAAAAGGAGAGGAUUGAUGAGCUCCGGAGGCUGAAACAGAAGCGUGACGAACUCAUGUAUGCCUUGCAAGAAGCUGAGAGGAGAUAUGACCUCGCCAGAGCAGCUGAUCUGAGAUACGGUGCAAUUCAGGAGGUGGAAUCUGCAAUUGCCAGGCUUGAGAGCAGUGGGUCGAGUGAGGGUGAUGCAAUGCUAACGGAGACAGUAGGGCCAGAUCAGAUUGCUGAGGUUGUGAGCCGGUGGACAGGAAUACCGGUCACCAGGCUAGGCCAAGAUCAGAAAGAGAGGUUGAUUGGGCUUGCAGCCAGAUUGCACCAAAGAGUUGUGGGACAGGACCAAGCCGUGAAUGCAGUUGCAGAGGCAGUUCUGAGGUCCCGAGCAGGACUGGGAAGGCCACAACAGCCGACCGGUUCUUUCCUCUUCUUGGGUCCAACUGGUGUUGGCAAGACUGAGCUUGCGAAAGCCCUUGCGGAGCAACUGUUUGAUGACGACAAGCUAAUGGUUCGGAUCGACAUGUCUGAGUACAUGGAACAACACUCUGUUGCCAGACUCAUUGGAGCCCCACCCGGGUACGUUGGGCAUGAAGAAGGUGGCCAGCUGACAGAAGCAGUUAGGAGAAGACCUUACAGUGUUGUGCUACUCGAUGAAGUCGAAAAGGCCCAUACCAGUGUUUUCAACACCCUACUCCAAGUCCUAGAUGAUGGAAGGCUGACCGAUGGGCAAGGCCGAACUGUCGAUUUCACCAACACUGUAAUCAUCAUGACUUCAAACAUCGGAGCAGAGUAUCUACUGAAUGGCCUCCUUGGGAAGUGCCCAAUGGAGAGCGCCCGUGAGAUGGUGAUGCAGGCAGUGAAGAAGCACUUCAAGCCAGAGUUGCUGAACCGGCUGGAUGAGAUUGUAGUGUUUGAUCCUCUGUCUCAUGAGCAACUGAGGAAGGUAUGCCGACUGCAGCUGAAGGAUGUAGCCGUGCGCCUUGCUGAGAGGGGGAUCGCUUUGGGGGUCAGUGAGGCUGCUUUGGAUGUUGUGCUGGCAGAAAGCUAUGACCCGGUGUAUGGUGCAAGGCCGAUUCGCAGAUGGUUGGAGAAGAAGGUGGUGACCGAACUGUCGAAGAUGCUGGUGAAGGAGGAGAUUGAUGAGAACUCAACUGUUUUCAUAGACGCUGCUGGUCCUAACGCAAAAGCGCUCUCGUAUCGGGUGGAGAAGAAUGGAGGUCUGGUGAACGCCAAAACUGGCCAGAAAUCUGAUGUACUCAUCCAAGUCCCUAAUAACAACAGCACAACGAGCGAAGCUGCUCGCACAGUUAAGAAGAUGAAGAUUGAGGAAUUGGAAGAAGAGGAUGAUGAUGUGAUGGAGGACUAAGAAGCCAUGGGUGAUCAAGGGACACUCUGUUUGUGUGCAGUUGUUUUGGUUUUUGUUUUGAGUUUGCCCACCAGCCCAAGGGCAAAAAUGUAAUCUUUCCUUUUGUUCACAUGGUUUUAGUUUGAUGUUUGAAAUCUUUUUUUUGUUCACAUAAUUUGAGUAAAUGCCCAUUUCUUGA